UGGAAACUAAACGCAUGUGCCUUAACUGCCUUCAACAGAGCUCCGCAAUUCUAUACGCAUAAAUAGAGAUGGCAGACGGAGUCAGUCAGUUUGACUCAAGCCAUCGUAGGUAACGUUGUCGGCCGAGAAUCCGUUCAUGAAUUGAAAAACGGAGAACACUUCCCUGGUGAGGCAGCGUUAGUCCCCCGUGUGUCUCUACGGAUAGCCGUACAAUCUUCCCGCGGAUUCUAUACCGUUUUCUGGAUCAAGCAGGAAUUUGUGAUUGUUGUCCCUUCGUCUUGAUGAGGUUCACCCCAAACGGUGAAGCAUACAUCCAGGAGGGUCGUCGCAUCUGGGGGGUUGACUGGCGGUGAGAAGAGAAUGAUGCAUUUGAUUCAGAAGAAAUGUCCGGGGUUCCCCCCCGGUUUCCAGCUCCCCUGUCGACUGAAGGCGAGACGUGGGCGGCUAUUCCGUCAUGAGUCGUGCACAAUGCUGUUCUCGGUUGCACUGUGCCUGACGGCUCUUGCGUCCUUCGUUCCUUUCGAGUGCUCUACACGUCGGAUGCGCACAGCAUGGGCGAACUCCGUUCUGGGUCUUGAGACGGAUCCUGAAAGGGGUGGUACGUACAGCGGUGCUACAGAACUAGACGGCGGUGCUACAGGAGUAAACGACACAUCUCUCGACAUGGUGCGUGAUACAAAUGCCGAAACACCAUUGGGAGAACGGAGCAAACGUCCAAGCGUCGCCGCGCGUCUUUCAAAGAUACAACUCUCCGGACAACGUCGUCGAAUAGUGGCUUCUGGAAUCCUUGCAAGCGUCGUGCUUGCUGUCCUCCUCGGCACCAUCUUUCUCAACUCGGGCAGAAAUUUGCGUAAAGCAACUACGCCAGCUUCAAGCGCGGCGUAAGUUACGGACUGCACCACCACGCUGGUCUAGCAACUCCACGUCUCCACACACAUUUUCAGACGGAGUGCAAGCCGUACGGUUGCCAUCUACCCUGAUUGCUGUGGUGGUUGCUAAACUUCUUUUCUGUAGUUUAAUGCCAGAUAGCGACGUCUGUUGGGAGUAGUGCGCAUGCAGAUCGCCAUGCAUGAUGAUGGACGGCUGGAAGCACAGGGGCUCGAUAUUCGCCGGUCACUUCGCACCAUUCACGCUCGUGAGGGCUUGCACCUCAUGUGUGUUGUUCCCAUCUUCAUGGAUCCGUCUCCACCAGACUGCAGGUAAGCACCACCGG